GUGGUGCAGAAGUGCCAAAAGCUGGGUGCCAGUUCUGCCCACUACGUGGUUGCGGACAUGAGCAAUCUGACUGCUGCCCAGGUGGUUGUUGAAGAAACCAAAGCCCAGUUGGGAGGUCUCGACCAGUUGGUUCUGAACCACGUUGGCGGAACCUCAUUUGGUCCCUUCAAAGGAUCAAUGGAGUCGGUGAUCACGUCCAUGAAUCUGAACUUCUUCAGCUACGUCCAGUUAACCAUCUCUGCCAUGGACCUAUUGCUGGAAUCUAAGGGGAACAUCGUGGUCAUCUCCUCCACGAGUG